GCAACCUCCGUCUGCAACCAAGCCAGCACCAACAGCGAAUCAGCCGAUUGCGGAACUACCCGACCAGUUUUCAGGUCAUACGGGAGCAAGGCCGAGGGUGGGAGAUAGGAGAGAAAGAAAAAAAGAAAGGAGAAAGAACUGAAUUCGGAAAUGGCUUCAAGCCAACACGUCCUCCUCUCCCCAGCCGAGCUCGCCUACCUACACGCCUCGCUCUCGCUAGCCCCGCCCAUCCGCCCAGACGGCCGCUCACCCACCCAGUUUCGCCCUCUUGUUGCCGAGACUGGCAUUCUCCCCGGCACAAACGGCAGUGCGAGGAUAUGCUUUGCAGACGGCACCGAGGCGAUUGUCGGCGUGAAGGCCGAGGUAGAGAGGACGGCGCAACGCUCCGGAGAUGAGACCGUGUUCUUGGAGGAGGGUGGGGCAGGCGGUGAUGACGAUGACGAAGAGGAGGAAGCAGGACAGGGGCUGGAGAAGAGGAAGGGGGACGCCUCGUGGGUGGAGAUGACGGUUGAGAUUCCAGGACUUAGGGAUGAUGAUUCCGGGACGGCAUUCUUGGCCGCCAUGCUGAGCGAGGCCUUGCUCGCCGACGGCGGGUUUACCAAGCGGCUGUGGAUCAACAGGCGGUUCCAUUGGAAGCUCUAUCUCGACAUUAUCCUCAUCUCCCCACCACUCUCCUACCCCCUCCCUCUGCUCUCCCUGACAACACAUCUAGCCCUCCUCUCCACCCGCCUCCCGCGUCUCAAAUCCGAGGGCGAUGAAGACCCCUUCUUCGACGACGACUGGGCGGCAGCGCCCUACCUCUUCCCGCGUACCUCCUCCACCAACAUCGCCACCGCCAAGUCUACCACCCCCGCUGCCGCCAUCCGCCCGCCGAUAACCCUCCUCGUGAUGGCCGUCGGCAACAACAUCAUCUUCGACCCAUCCAAAGAAGAGCUCGCCGUGGCCGACGUGGCGCUCGCCGUCUCCGUCACCGGCUCGAGCCCAUCACACUACGCCGCGACGGGGACGGGGGAAGAAGCGGGGAGGAACCUGAGGCUGCUGUCCAUCAGGACGGUCGACCCUCCCUCGAGGCUGACGCCGCCUGGUCUCGCCAACGCGGCGAACACGGCGUAUGGGCCGAGCAAUGGGACGAUGGGGACGCAGAAGAUGGCCGAGGCGAGGGCGGCUGAGACGGAGGCUGCCGAGGGCGUGUGGAGGCCGCCGAGGGGCGGGGCGAAGAGGAUGGUGCUUGGAGCGUUGGUGCAGAAGGUGCUUGAGAGAGGCGGCGUGGUGGAUGAGGUGUUAGAUGCGCUGGAGGGGGUUGAUUCGGGGUAGUGAGUUAGGGAGUGAGAAGAGGGAUGAGGGGCAAGGCAAGAGGAAGGAAUUGCCGCCAUGUUACUUCUUCCGCCCGUAUCCGCGCCGAUCCCAACCGGAAUACACCCCCAACUAAUGUACAUACAACCCACCUGUGUGUGUCUAGUACAGAAUUCACACCCACCAUCAUCAAUCAAAAGAUACCC